GGGGGGGUGUCAGGGGGCCGCUCCCGCGCGCUGAUUGGUCGCCGCCUCCGUCUGUCCGCCGCCGCAGCGCCGUGAUUGGCUGCGGGAGGCGGACCCGCAGGUGACGGUGCGCUCAUAGAGGCGCGGGGCGGAGAGAAGGUGAUCAAUCUCCAUCCGUCCACAUCACAAAUCACCUUCGCGGUGUGACGGACGGACACGAGCCCGAAGCGCCGCGCCGGAUGAGUCGGGCCGGACCGCGGCCGCACACAGCACGCGCCGCCGCUGAGCUGCAGACCUGAGCGCGCGCGCGCCUGCCUUCCCGUGAUGCCGCUCGCUCCCCGCGCCGGUGUGUGAUCCCGGACCUCGGCCCGCUGCUGGAUAACUUUAGCGGCUCUGACCGGAGGCUCGGAGCGGAGAAGGAGCGGAACCAGAGACCCGGAUCGGUCCCCGCGCCCCGUCAAGCUGCAGCAUCGCGGGAAACCGAACCACUGGCCUGAGCUGGGGGGAGCAGUGACCGCCUGUAGCAUGAUGUCCUACCUCAAACAGCCCCCCUACGGCGUCAACGGCCUGGGGCUGAGCGGCGCUGCCAUGGACCUGCUGCACCCGUCCGUGGGAUACCCAGCGACGCCCCGGAAGCAGCGGCGGGAGCGGACCACCUUCACCCGCUCGCAGCUGGACGUCCUGGAGGCCCUGUUCGCCAAAACCCGGUACCCGGACAUCUUCAUGCGGGAGGAGGUGGCGCUGAAGAUCAACCUGCCGGAGUCCCGGGUGCAGGUGUGGUUCAAGAACCGGAGGGCCAAGUGUCGCCAGCAGCAGCAGAGCGGCAGCGCCGCCAAAGCCCGGCCGCCCAAGAAGAAGUCGUCUCCGGCGCGCGAGAGCACCGGCUCGGAGAGCAGCGGCCAGUUCACGCCCCCCGCCGUGUCCAGCACCGGCUCCUCCUCCUCUUCGUCUUCGUCCACCAACCACGCGGGCCCGGCCGCCCUGAGCAGCACCUCUACCUCCAUCAGCACCGUGUCCUCUAUCUGGAGCCCGGCCAUCUCCCCCGGCAACGCCCCGGCCCCCGCCGUGGCCCCGCUCCCCGAGCCCGGACCCCCCUCCAACGGCUCCUGCAUGCAGCGCUCCAUGACGGGCUCAGCCGCCGCCGCCACCUCCUACCCCAUGUCCUACAACCAGACGCCGGGCUACGGCCAGAGCUACCCCGCCCCCUCCAGCUCCUACUUCAGCGGCGUGGACUGCGGCUCCUACCUGGCCCCCAUGCACUCCCACCACCACCCCCACCAGCUCAGCCCCAUGACGGCCUCGUCCAUGUCGGCCCACCCGCACCACCACAUCAGCCAGUCGUCGGGGCACCCCCACCACCACCACCACCAGGCCUACGGGGGGGCCGGCCUGGCCUUCAACUCCUCCGACUGCCUGGAUUACAAAGAGCAGACUGCCGCGUCCUCGUGGAAGCUCAACUUUAACGCCACGGACUGCUUGGACUACAAAGACCAGGCCUCCUGGAGGUUCCAGGUCUUGUGAUUUGCCCCGCCCCUCCCUGCCUGCUCCCCCCUCUUUUACUGCCCCGUCAGCCUGUUGCUUGUUUUUAAAGAUGAAGAGUUUAUGAACCCAAACCGGACUGAAGUCUGACUUUCCUCUGGAGCGUCUCCGGGUCAGACGGUUCUGAUGAGGAGCGGCUGUUCAAAGAGGCGGAGCUUAACAAACUGAAUUUUUUUUUUCCUUUUUUAAAGAUCUGAAGGUCCCGUCAGCCAAAGCCUCGGAGCCGCUCUCUGACGGAGGAAUAUUUCCCCUCCGGCUCGGCCGGCGCGCUCACAGGAACUGCCCCCGGGGGGGUGAGGGGGGGCUUUUACCUCCAAAUCCUGUACAGCUUUUUUUUCUGGAAUGGGUUCUUUGACAGAUUCUAGUCAGCUCCAGCAGCAGCUGAAUGUGUACAUAUGUAUUUGGGUCAGUUCCAGUGACCGUGUUUAGUUGCUGUUUAUUUCAUUUCUCUAAAUUUGAAAUUGUUUAUUACGGUUUUGGAGGAAAUAAAAAAAGAUGUAUGUAAAUCUCCAGAAUAUUCCAAAGACAAUUCGGCCGUUCAAACGUUAGAUUUUAACCCUUUUAUUGAACAGAGUUUUGGGGAUUCCCAGGAUCCGGUCAGACCUGAAACGCAGCACUUGGCUCCAUGUGGAAGUCGGUCUGGAUUCUUCCUUCCGGAGGUUCCGGAGCUCCAGAUGACGUGAGAUGUUGAAUGUAUCUUAAGGCGACCGCCCUCCAUCAUGUUCAUCCAAUAAAGUCAAGUCAAACGUG